CAGCAUCGACUAUAUCGAUUGGAUUGUCUGGUAUUUCGAGGUUUGUCACGGUGGAAGCGUGAGGUUUGCCCACUUUCAUAAGUCACGAGUCGCCGUCACCUCUUUUGCAUUAUGCUAGAUUUUGCUCAGUCGAGUUAACUAUAAUUUAACUUUUACAUUUUCAAAAGUUCAUGUAAAUUUAUUGUAUUAUAUAUAGUUUUACAAAAUUUGAAGUAAGAUUGAUCAUAUAAAAUAGUCGGUAAUAUGAAAUUGUGGCUAGUUGUACUUCAUAUUAUUUUAGUUGAAACUAGAUUGUGGGUCACAGCACAUUUUCAAGAGGAAUCGUUAGAAGACAAUGAAUUUGCAGAGUUUGAAGAUUUUGAAGAAGACAAAUCUACAAGGGGAUCUGUGCCAAUUGGAGAUCAUGACCCAUCUGAAUUUCACAAAAUUGAAAAUGAGAAGAAUUAUGCAGAUGAUGAUGUCUCAGUAGAAGAUGUUGAUAAUGAAUUUGAUCAUUUUCAAGAUGAAGAAGAAUUUGAGGGACUAGAUAUAACUGGAGGAAAUUCUGAUGUGAAAGCUGAAGAACCCUCUACCUUAACAAUUACCAAAGUACCUUUGCAUUUGCGAGCUAGAUGGGACAGCUUUUAUCUUGAAAUUCUAAUGAUUGUUGGCUUACUUGUUUAUUUCAUAAAUUAUAUUGCGGGUAAAUCCAAAAAUUAUCGUAUUGCUGAAACAUGGUUCAAUGAUCACAGAUUGAUUCUUUCUGAAAAUUUUUCAUUGGUUGGUGAUACUGGUAAAUCCAAUGAUGAUGAACCUAUCAAUGGUCCUAUUAAAGAAAGUGAAUCUCAGUACAGUAUCUACUGUUCUGGUCGUGUUGGAUGUGAUUCCUUAUUAGUAGAACUAAAAUUGAUCAAAAGACAAGACUUGGUUGCUGUAUUAUCGCAACUCAUGCGUCCUCAAAACGAUCAAGCACAUCUUCGAAUUGAAUUAGCCAAAGAUGAGACUGAUAAUUUUGUCUUAGCUAUUGCCGCUAAGAAAACAGCUAUGCACUUAACAAAAGAUAUUGCAGAUGUUAGUGUCUAUUGCCCAGAAAGACGACCUGGAGAAAAGUUUAAUCUUCCAAUUGGAUUUUAUGUCAUGUCUGAAAUUUCUGAAGCAACUUCUGCUAUUUUAGAUGCAAGAGUUAUUCAGACCUUUAAUAAAUAUGCCUCCUACAUUGAUUACAUCCACAUAAGUGACCAGUACAGUGGGCCAAAACAACAAGAAGAUUCUUCUCAGCUCACUAUGCCUGAAGUGAAAAGGGUGUUACUGGUUGGACUGAAUAUUAGUAUAAAAGGACGCAUAAGCAAUGUAGAUAGUCAAGAAAAACUUAAGCCAUUGCUUCAGUUAACGUUUUACUUAUUGGAUAAAAUACGUCGCUUUAAACUUUCGAAAGAGGGUAAAAGUAAGACUGAUAAAAAUCGACAAAAAGUUGAAGAAGCUUUUCUAAAAACUACCCAUGCUGCUCGUGCUGAAGCAGCCGCAGCACGUCGCGAAGAACGACGACGUGCGGAAAAAGAACGCAUUCUCCAGGAAGAAGAUCCAGACAAACAAAGAAAGUGGGAGGAAAAGGAGCAACGAAGACUUGCCAAAAAGCGAGCUCCAAGAAUGAAGCAAUUAAAAGUUAAAGCAUUGUGAUCUGCAGAACUUUAAAUUAAGAGAUCAUUUGUCGUUUUACGUCGGGAAAAUGAACUCUUUCCAAUAACGAACAGGUACCCAGUUCGUAAAAAGUCUUAGAAAUAGCUCAGCCAUAAAAACGUUUCAAUUAUCAUUCUUUAUACUUGUCGUAUUUAUAACACAACUUUCAAUCAAAAGCCAACAUUUACAAUUUAGGUUCCUGUAUUAUGGACGACUUUUCAAAACUGUUUCUUACUCACAAUUUUUAAAAGAGAUCAUUGUUGAUUAUAAAUACUGAAAACCAUACUUAAAAUAACAAUUUUGUUAAUAUAUUUGUAAACCUUUUCGCGAAUGAAUCAUAGAAGACUUUAGAGUAUGAUUGUUUUUGUAUAAUUAAUAAUAAAUAUCAGUUAACUUUUUAUUGAAAAUCAUCAUGUGACAUAGUUAAACUAUGAAGUCUGAACUGUGUUCUUUCAGAACCUUUGUACGGAUAUAUGUUUAUUUAUUAAUUUUAAUCCAUUAAAAUAUGAAAAACAUAAUUCAAUGCCA